AAUUGAUUUCCUACAACAAAAGAAUGAUAUAAAGUAUCCUCCAGUAAAAAGUUCCUUCAAAAAUGAGCUUACAGCAAAUCGAAAUCGACAUGUUCCUGUGCAAACCACAUUUUAGAAAAAAACCUCAAAGUAUCCUGAACGAAGAGGUACCCGUUUUCCAGAAAAUAUGUAAGCAAUACAAGAAUAAAACAAAGUUGUUUUGUGUCACUGAAAUGGAGAGGUUAGUUGUCAGUUUGACGUUAUUUUUUUUAUCAAGUGAUGAGAAUGUCAAUGCUUUACUCAAUCACUCUGAUCCCAUGUUAAAACAAAAUCAAUUUAUUGAUUCAUCUUAUGGCAUUUGUGACGUCAACGUCUAAAUCAUCUGCGUUUUGUUUAGUUUAUACCAAUACUUGCGUCCAUGUAAGAAAGCGGCGAAAAGAAAAAUGCUACUAUUUCGAACAACCUUCCGACUUUUGUAGAAUUGUGGUAUUUUAACAUUCAUGAAACAUUGCAGAUAAUCAAUACGAAAUGGAUCAAGAAACAGCGCGUAAGUUAUACGAAGAGGGAGCAAUAUUUGUGUUUCUGAAUGUACCAGAAGGUACAGAAUUUGGAAUUGAUAUGAAAUCUUGGAACACUGGAGAGAAAUUCAGGGGAGUAAAAAUGAUCCCACCUGGUCUACACUAUCUUUUUUACAGUGCUGUAUCAAACACAGGUGAUACUGCCCCUAGAACAGGAUUUUUUCACAAUUUUAGAAAAGCUGAAGUAUUGGUAAAAAGUGGGAUCAGGUGAAUGAGUGCGUUAGUCCUGAAACUGUCAGUGAUGAGGACAUUGUCAGACUAAAAGGAAACUUGAGAGCUCUAGAUAAUUUCUUAGGGCCUUAUCCUUAUGAUAUUAAAGAUAGAUGGAAAAGAUUAACAUCAGACCUCACUGAUGAUCUGGUAAAAAGUCUUGUUCCUAUAUCUGGAUUUAUACAAUCAGCAUUGGAGUUGGAAUCUUGCAGUAAUUCUGAUAGGCCUAAAGGAAAGAAAGCUGAUGAGAAUGAUGAGGAUAAUCCAUCUCCAACUGAAGCAAAGCGAUCUAGGAAAUCUGACAACCUAGAUGCAUUAUUGCCCCAUUUAAAAGCAAAAGCUGGUACUGAGCUCAGAUUAACAAAGUUUCCUGAGAAGAAAUAUCCAGAAGGUUCAACUCCAGCUGAUAUAACAAAGCAUUCCCUUGAUUCAUCCUAUGUUUUGACCUGAUUGCCAGCUCAUAUCAAAAACCAGAUAAUAUUAUAGGGGAGCUUCAGUUCUGUUACAUUUGUUUCCUGGUAGGUCACAGCUUAGAAGCAUUUGAUCAAUGGAAGAAAAUCUUUAGCCUUUUUUGUUCUUGUGAAGCAGCUGUGAAAAAACAUCGAAGGCUAUUCAAUAGAUUUUUGAUCGUCAUAGAGGCACAGGUACAGGAAGUUCCUGAAGAGUUUCUAGCAGACAUUGUAACUAACAAUAAUUUUGUCUAUGUAAAACUAAGGCAGUUGUUCCGGACCAUCCAAGGAUUGGACAUUGAUGGAGAAAUCAAAACUAAGGCAGAGAGAUUGAAAAAAAGCUUGACAGAUUUGUAUGAGUGGGAUUUUGGACAUUUGGAAUCUGAGGAUGAGGAUGAUGCACCAGUGAUUGUUGAAAUAGCGAUCUGCUUGCAUAGUUGUGCGCCUCUUAUGUGCAAAUUGUUCCAUUUUUGCACAUUGUUGUAUAGAUCUGCUGCUAGGUCCCUUACCACUCUAGGCACACCUGUUAGGUUCUUCUGACUAUUAGGGCUUGCAAUGGGACUCUGAUGUACUAUAAAACAAGAAAGCCAGAUUUCUAGUUAUAGAGUAUAAAAAUGGGUAAGCCAAAACGGGGUCGUUGUGCGAAACGAAAUAAGAAUAAAGCCACAGAGCCUGAUGAACUAGUACAAGCUCCACAUUCAUUUGUAAUCCACCGAGGGCUUCCCGGUGCGCAUAUCUUGGAGUUAACUAAGGAUUUCAGGAGAGUUAUGGAACCAUAUACGGCCACAUCGCUAAAGGAGCGCAAAAAGAACACUAUAAAAGACUUUUUGUCUGUAGCUGGCCCCCUCCAUGUCUCCCAUAUAUGCAUAUUCUCCAAAACCAGCUUAGGAAUGUAUUUAAAGAUAGCCAGAUUGCCUAGAGGUCCUACAUUGACCUUUAAGAUCCACAAUUUCUCAUUUGCUAGAGAUGUUGUUUCUUCUUUGAAAAAGCAGUCAGUAGUUGAGGAAGCAUUCAAACAUGCCCCUCUGAUAGUACUUAAUAGCUUUAGUGGAGAAGGAUUGCAUCUCAAAAUGAUGGCUUCUAUGUUUCAGAAUAUGUUUCCUACAAUCAACUUGCUGACUGUUGAUUUGAAUACUGUUCGUAGAUGUGUCUUACUAAACUAUAAUUCAACCACAAAAAUGAUAGAUUUCAGGCACUACAGUAUUAGAGUAGUACCAGUAGGUAUCUCAAAAGGUGUCAAGAAAGUAGUGCAAGGAAAAGUUCCGGAUCUUAGCAGAUGCAAUGAUAUUGCCGAGUUUUUCACAAAGGCUGGUAUGUUAUCAGAAAGUGAGGCUGAAGAUGAUCCUCAACAUCAGGUAACUGUACCACAAAAACUAAAGACCAGAGGAACUUUGGAGCAAGGAAAAUCGGCCAUUAGGCUAAGUGAGCUGGGCCCUCGUCUGACUUUGAGUCUAAUCAAAAUUGAAGAUGGACUCCUCGAUGGAGAGGUGCUCUAUCAUGAUCUCAUUCAUAAGAGUGAGGAAGAACGCGAGGAAAUACAGAGGAAACGUGAAAUGAAAAAGAAACUUAAAGAAAAGAGAAAGAGGAUUCAAGAAGAGAACAAGAAAAAGAAAGAAGAAUUAAAGGCACAGUUGAAAGAAAAGUCAAUAAAGGGUCAAAAAGAGAAAUCUGAAUUAAGAGUGGUUACAAGUGAACAGAAAGAAGAAAUGAAAAUAGAUAAGAACCAAGAAGAAAAUGCAGAAGUAGAAGAUGAUGAUAGGGAGUAUUAUAGAGAAGAAGUGGGCGAAGAACCGGACAAAGAUCUAUUUUCGUCAAGGCCUGGUGGCUAUAAACGUAAAUUCCGUCCUCCCGCAUAUGGAAAUAAAAAACGAAAGACAGAGGACGGGCCACAAAGGGACAGAAAUCAGAAUCAGAGAGACACAAGAGAUGGCCACAAAAAGUCUGUUGGUUUUAAGUCGAAAAAAAGGGAGACUUUCAGGAAGGGUGCUAAGGGUGGUGGUGGAGAAAGGGGAUUCAAGCGGGGAGGAAAGCAGAGCGGCAAAGGGAAAAGGGUGGACAAGACGAAUUCUGCUAAUAGGGAUAAUCGGCCUGUUGGAGGAAAUGCACGCAACUACCGGAGGUGAUCUAUGUGGAUUUUAAGUGUUGAAAAAAUUUAGUUUGGAAUGAGAUUCAAUCAUCAUAUAAUAAAAUUCUACCCAUUUGUUGGUUUUUGAAUAUGUCCUAGAACUUGGUGCAUGAGAUUAACUAAACUCCUCAGAUUUGUAGAUUCUAAUCACAAUUACUUAAAUCUUGAAUCCAGGUAGAUUAGUAGCCUUUAUACUAUCAUAUAGUAUAUUACACAACUCGAGCAUCAUAGGACGUGUAAACUGAAAAAUUGGCCAACGAGUCCCAGUGUGUUGCUUCCGUCUCCGUUUAAGGUAGUAAUUGCAUUUCAUCACAAUUUAUAAGAAUGCUUGAAAUAUUUAUAUGUUCCAGUCAUUGUAUUGACAUGCAUUUUCAUGAAUUGAAUGAAAUUAACCAUUUUAUUCCUGAGGAUUAUUCCCUGUAACAUUUACAUGGGUUCUUCUCGGAAAUAUUUUCCUCUUCUAUUCCAUUUUCACCAGUAACAGUUCAUUUCGUUGCUGUUUAGUGCCUUGUAUGUAGUAAUACAGUGCACGGCUGGGGAUAAAUCUGAUCUCCGCCCUAGUAACACUUUAUGAAAGCACACACAAUAUGGUACUAACAUGUG